AUGAUCAAGGAGUACUACUGGAAUUACAUCAACUAUGAAGGCUUAAAGAAAGCUCUCAAGACCGGCUACGUUACCGAACCCACCCCCGAAAACACAAAGCCCGAUCGGAAGGCAUGGACGGAGGACGAUGAGCGGCAUUUCGUGACUCUCCUGGAAAGCGAACUCGACAAGGUCUUUAAGUUCCAACAAUACAAGAGCGAAGAGAUCGUUCGGCGGAUACAAGAGAGUGACAAGGAUGUCGACGAUGUCGUUACCCGCCUGAACAACAGUAACGAAGCACGCAACAGCGGCCGGUCGAGCAUAAAUCCUCCCUCCGAUGAGGAGUUUCUUAUGCUCGAGCAGGUUCUGAGUGAUAUCAUCGCGGAUGUUCACGACCUUGCGAAAUUUACGCAAUUGAACUAUACUGGCUUCCAAAAGAUUAUUAAGAAGCACGAUAAACAAACCCAAUGGCAUCUCAAGCCGGUCUUCGCUGCCCGGCUCAAUGCCAAACCAUUCUUCAAGGAUAACUAUGAUGCAUUUGUAGUUAAAUUGUCCAAGUUGUAUGACCUUGUCCGAACCAAAGGAAACCCCAUCAAGGGUGACUCUGCCGCUGGCGGCUCUCAACAGAACUUCGUUCGUCAAACAACUAAGUACUGGGUGCAUCCGGAUAACAUCACCGAACUCAAGUUGAUCAUCCUGAAGCAUCUUCCCGUUCUUGUUUUCAAUCCGAGCAAAGAGUUUGAAGAAGAAGAUUCUGCAAUCUCGUCCAUCUAUUAUGAUAACCCCGAAACCUGGGAGCUGUAUGAAGGGCGCCUCAAGAAAACCGAGGGAGCCGAGGCUAUUCGACUACGAUGGUACGGCGGUAUGGGCAGUGAUCAGAUUUUCGUGGAACGGAAAACUCACCGGGAAGACUGGACUGGCGAGAAGUCAGUAAAGGCACGCUUUUCUAUAAAGGAGAAGAAUGUGAAUGACUUCCUAGCUGGUAAGCUGACGGUUGAGAAAGUCUUCGAGAAGAUGCGCAAGGAAAAGAAGAAGAGUGAGGCUGAGAUCGCUGAUUACGAGCAGCUGGCACGAGAGAUUCAGUAUCGUGUUAUCACCCGCAAGCUGGUGCCGGUCACCAGGUCCUUCUACCAUCGAACUGCGUUCCAGCUUCCCGGAGAUGCCAGAGUCCGAAUCUCGCUCGACACGGAGCUCACCAUGACUCGAGAGGAUAAUCUUGAUGGACGCCAGAGGUCAGGCAAGAACUGGCGUAGGAUGGACAUUGGGGUUGAUUGGCCAUUUUCCCAAUUGCCGCCCGAAGAUGUUGAGCGAUUCCCCUACGCUGUUUUGGAAGUCAAGCUUCAGACGCAGGCCGGCCAGGAGCCGCCAAAGUGGAUUCGUGACCUGACGGCCAGCCACUUGGUUGAAGCGGUGCCGAAGUAUAGCAAGUUCAUUCAUGGGACUGCAACUUUAUUCCCUGACCGCAUCAAUCUCCUGCCGUUCUGGAUGCCGCAAAUGGAUGUUGAUAUUCGCAAGCCUGCAUCACGUCACUUCGGCAUUCAGCGCCCAUGGACAAGCACUUCUCUGUCGGUGAAUGACACACCAGAAGAUGACGAAGAUACCGACGAUGAGCUCGACGACGGUAGAAAUGCGAGACCCCAACGUGGCUCUGCUAAUGGCGGCUACGAGCAAACCGCAUUGUUUGAGGAGCCUGACGGAAACGCGCUGGACAUAGAGGAGCGUAUCGCUGCCCAGCCCCUUCCCGGAGAUGAGGAUUACCCGCUGUAUGAUUCUGAUGAUGAGUCCUUCGACUCCGAUGAAUUGGAAGAAGCGCGACGGGUUGGUGGCACAUACUACUAUAAGCAGCUGGCCAAGUAUUAUGUGCAUCGGGUUGCGAGUGGAGGGUUCGAAUUGGUCAAGGCCCUCAUCCCCAGGCCCAUGCCGACAAACAUACCAGCUCCUGAGCAGAACGGCAUUGCCGUCAUGGGGAACAAACGAACCAUUAAGAAGUUCCAGGCCCCUAAAGGCAAACGUAUCCAUGUUCCCAUCCGCGUUGAGCCAAAGGUCUACUUCGCCGCCGAAAGGACAUUCCUCUCGUGGCUGGAGUUCUCCAUUAUGCUUGGAACCGUAGCCGCUGCCCUGCUAAACUUCGGCGAGGACUACAUCACAUUUGCCUGUUCAUGGGCGUUCACCAUCCUUGCCGCCUUGUCUCUUAUCUACAGUCUUAUGCUGUACAUCUGGCGAGUCGACAAGAUCCGUAAACGGCGAGACGUCAAACGAGUUUAUUAUGAGAAGUGGGGCCCAACAAUCAUCGGUCUCGGCUUGGUCGCAAUCAUGCUCGUCAACUUUGGGCUGCGUGUUCGGCAAUCAGGAUUUACUAGGAAAGAACCCAGUCCUGGCUACCCUGUUCCUGGAACCCCCAGCAAUGGCACUAUACCCGGUGGCCGAGAUGACCUGUGA